AUAUUAUAAAUCUUGAUAGUUAUUAACGUUAAUUGCAAUAAAUAAAUAUUAGCAUUGUACUAAAAAUUUAGUUCUCUGCGUCCGUCGAGUCAACACUUAAUAGUUUUUCGCGUCGGUUGAUUAGAUUUAUACCACUCUCUCAAAAAUGAUUCCUGAUCUAUGGGUAAAGGGGAAUGCUAUUACUCAAAUACUAACGAAACAGAAAUUGGAGAAAUACGGACAUCUACUAAAAUGGAAAAAAAAUGAAGCCAUUCUGGAGUUUGGUGCAGCAGAUGGCAAUACUUCUGCCAACUCAGUAUUACCAGCAUUACCAAAGGAUUACAAAGAAUACGUUCUAACGGAUAUAUCACCUAAUAUGGUAGAACAUAUGAAGAAAAAUCUAAGUAUACCCAGAAGUAAGAUCAUACAACACGAUAUUGGUACCAUAAGACUUCAAGACGAGCUCAAAAAUAAGUUUGAUCACAUUUUUGGUAUAUUCGUGAUGCACAUGGUGCCGAAUCCCAGACAAAGUUUCACUAACAUCAAGGAAAUGCUUAAGCCAGGCGGUCAAGCAUUUGUGUCAUUCUUAGAACACUCGCCGACGGAUAAUGCUCACCACCGUUUGCUGAAGCAUCCGAAAUGGUCAAGGUACGGACACAUGCUGUCUGCUUACUACUAUAGCGAUAAUAUUGAAGAAUCAUAUAAAAAAGAUAUUGAUGUCGCUGGGUUCGAAUCUUAUUCAUUUCAUGUCGAAAAGGACUACCCGAUUUGGUUUGAAAACGAUGAGGCUAUAAAGAGCGCAUUCACCGCAGUCAAUAACGUGCUGUCGAGGAUACCUGAAGAACUGAGGGAAGAAUACUUAAGGGAUUACCAUAAGGAAGCCGUAAGAGAUUUUAAGAUUCUGGAAAAAGAUGGGAAACAAGUACUAAAUUUAAAUAAUAUGAAAUUAUUUGUUGCUAUAAUGAACAAACAGGAAUAAAUAUUUUAGUUUAAUAAA